AUGUUGAGUUUCGUAAAGAAGAAUUCGACGGCUUCAGGUUCUAGUGUAAGUCCUUCGGUGGAGAGCUAUCCAAUUUGUGAAUGGAAUCACAAGAUGGUUCUACAAUGGAUGAGAAGUUCUUGCAUCCAUACCGAUGUCAUCAAGGCCGUCGAAAAGAAAUCAGAUUUUGGAGGAAUACAAUUAUAUGUACUUACUUUGGAAAAGUGUGUUAAUGAUUUAAAAAUCAAGGAAAGACAAGCAAAUGUUUUUAUGUUAUUUGUGGAUAAGCUCAGGAUUGAUAAUGUUAUGGAACACGGAGAACCACCAAUUGAUAAAUUAAAAGGGGAGACACCACCUGUUCUCUCUAUCAAACAGAUACCAAAGGUUGGCAAUACUGUUAAAAAUCCAUAUAUUCUGACACCUUCGAAUAACAAGCGAUUGGAAACUUUAGAGUCGUCCUCUGUUUCAUCAACACCAAGUGACUCUUCAUCAGUAAUAGACUUUUCUAAACCAUCGAUCAGCAUUGAUAUUGAUGGUAAUAAUAACACAAAAAGUAAUCAAAGCUCCCUUCUUUCUUCAGUUCCAUCCUCUGUAAAUCCAUCUACCCCAAAUAUGUCAAACUCUCAGAGCACAACCAGUGCUGGAUCACUUAAUAUUAACAUGGAAGAUAGACCAUCAAGAGAUGAUGUGGAGUUGACCAUGGAUCUUUUAUACGCUGUUGGUGAAGAAGAUGAAGAGGCCAAAUAUUAUAAAUCCAUUCAGAAUAACAUUGAAGAUGUUAACUAUAGAGCACUCAUGAGCACAUCACCAUCUAGCUCGAGUACCGCUAUGGAAAUGAAUGGACCUAAAAUAAGCUUUUAUGUUCCAGAGAUUGCUGAAGAACCAGCCCUUUCAACAAGUUUCUAUACAGAUCUGGACAAGUUGUCUACUUCUCUGAAUUAUGAUUCAAAGAUUAGCUAUGGAUCUUACAUUCCACAAUAUCAACCUCAAUCAUCUGGGUACUUUGCUUCAAGAGCAACAGAAUUUAAAUCAGUUCCAUCAAGUACUUCUGUACCAGAGGAUGAUAAGAGAAAAAAGAAAAAACCAAAGAGAUGUGCACCAUUCCCUGACAAGAAACUGACUCCAGUAGAAAUUGAUAGAAGAAACUAUUGCUUGAAGAAAAUUCAAAAUUUAAGAUCUCCAAUAGCUCCAAAAUUACACGAACUUGUAGCCCAAGAUUGUGUCAUUCCAGAUAGAUUCAGAUAUAAAUAUUUCAAUCCAGAUAGAGUGGACAGACCAGUCCAUCCAUCCAAAUUGGGAUUAAAGGUAAAGCUGGUUAUUACUGAAAUGAGUACUUCCACAGCUCACAGAAUUAUCAGAAGACUUGGUAGUACUGUUGGAGCCUUGAAGGAUCAACAAUUUGGCAUGUACCACUCUGCGCUUAUUGUCGGUGAAUUUUACAUUGAGUUUUGCGACUCUAGUAUUGCCACAGUAAGAAAGAAGAGUAGUAGUAAGGCUGUUUUUGUUGCAGAUAUUCAUACAUUUAGAGAUCAAAAAGAAAUUACAGAUGCAUUCAAAAUUAUAUCCGAGGUUGUUUGUGAAUGGAAUGGUACAAAGACAUAUGACAAUAGAAAGGCAAAUUGUCAACAUUUUGUAAUGGAUAUUUUAUCAAAAUUGGGAUUAUCAGAAGGAUUCUUUGAUAGAGUUUCAGGAUCUGUCAAGAAGUAUCUUGAUAGAUUGAAACAAAACGGUGUUUGUGAAAUGACCUAUUUUGUCGAUGAUAAGAAACGAAAAUUAAUCACAAAUUCUAAACAUGCCAGUAAGGAACUGAAAGAUCUUGUCAAGCAGAAAGACAUUUCCUUCCCAUCCCACAAAUUAUUGGACGAGUUUGUCUAUGUUAUUGAAAAGGAAGGAGGAAUCAUGUACUUUGAACAAAACAUUCAGGAACAAACUGAUCACAUGCUGCUGAAAGCUUUUGACAGAGCAUUCUGGCUACGAAAUGAAGCAUCUACCAAUAAUAAGGAACUAACAAAACCAUUAGAAAACGAGAGGGGAGAAACCAUUUGUCCAUUCUCUCAAGUAGACAAGAAUGGAAAACUUAUCGAUCACACCAUCCACAAUUCUCAUCUUUUCACAGGCACCUACUCUCCUGAAUUCCCAGAUAGAUAG